CCCUGUUCCUCCCUCAUCCUCUGCCCAGCAUGUACAGCCUUCCUCCUCACAUCCCUGCACCACAAGCCACCCCUUCACCUCCCCUUCACCUCCCCGGUAUACUUUGCGCCCCUCAGGCUGACUGCCAGUCUGAAUAAUCAGACCACCUCUCCCUCUACACAAGUCAGCCAUUAUCUUCUUCCCCUCCACCUGCCUUCCUUUCUGAUACCAUUUUGAGUUUUUUUUGCUGAUAGAACCCCCGUGGAGGUCUGCAGGAACACCAUGGGCAUCCUGAGGUGCUUGAUACUCCUGCUGGUAAUUUAUCACCUGUCUGAGGGAAGGAGGACAAGAGGGAAUGGAACAGACAACAGAGAAACAAGAGGACAACGUAGAGUGAAGGCUCCGUACGUGCAGAGAUCCAGCUUCCUGUUGUACUCCGACGGGGACUCUGUGGAGGAAGCCUGCCCAAUCCUGCCCUUUCAGCCUCACACUCUGGAGUCCUGCCAGUUCAAUGCCAGCAACCCCUUAAUCAUCAUCGUCCACGGAUGGUCGGUGGACGGGAUGAUGGAACAUUGGGUGCCCAAGCUGGCCAGGACCCUGAAGUCCUCCCUGAGGGACGUCAAUGUGCUGAUCACUGAUUGGAUUCCCCUGGCCCACCAGCACUAUCCCAUCGCAGCUCAAAACACCCGAGUGGUGGGAAGGGAGAUUGGACGCCUUCUGCAGUGGCUGGAGGAGCGCUCUCACUUUCCUCCAGAGAAAGCUCAUCUGAUUGGAUAUAGUUUGGGUGCCCAUGUCUCAGGGUUUGCUGGGAGCUACUUCACUGGAUCCAGCAAAAUUGGACGAAUCACAGGCUUGGACCCUGCAGGCCCGCUGUUUGAGGGGAUGUCCUACACUGACAGGUUGUCUCCUGAUGACGCCAUAUUUGUGGACGCUAUCCACACCUUUACCCAGGAGCACUUGGGCCUGAGCGUGGGCAUUAAGCAGCCGGUGGCCCACUUUGACUUUUACCCCAACGGUGGGACCUCCCAACCAGGCUGCCACUUCAAGAACCUGUAUGAGCACAUAUCGCAGUAUGGACUGCUGGGCUUCCAGCAGACGAUGAAGUGUGCUCACGAGCGCUCCGUCCACCUCUUCAUCGACUCCCUGCUGCACGAGGACAAGCAGAGCACCGCCUACCACUGCAAGGACGACAGCUCCUUCGACAAGGGCGUGUGCCUGGACUGCAGGAGGAACCGCUGCAACACCCUGGGCUACAACAUCAAGCGCGUGCGCACGGGCACCAGCAAGAGGCUCUUCCUGAAGACGCGCUCCCGCAUGCCCUACAAAGUCUAUCACUAUCAAUUCAAGAUUCAAUUCCUGAACCAGAUCGAGCACAUUGAACCUUCCCUGACCAUCUCUCUCAUCGGGACCAAGCAUGAGAAUGAGAACCUGCCCAUCACUUUUGUGGAAGAGAUCUCAGGUAACAAGACCUACACCUUUCUGAUCACACUGGACUCGGACAUCGGGGAGCUGCUGAUGCUGAAAUUCCACUGGGAGGGCAGCGCCGUGUGGGCAAACCUGUGGAAUAAGAUGCAGACCAUCAUGCCCUGGAGCAAGAGGAGGAAGGCCCCCGAGCUGACCGUGGGCAAGAUCCGCGUCAAGUCAGGAGAGACACAGAAAAAGACGUCAUUCUGUGCGCAGACGGACGAUGCAAAACAUAUCCCGGCGUCACAGGAAAAGGUGUUUGUGCGCUGUGAGCGCGCUCGCGGACGGUCACACGGAAGAAUGUACAGCUGAUACGAGGGACGCCAGUGAAGCACGGUGACUCGAGAAACACAAAAACUGUCUGAAGUUAUAAGGAUAAAGUCUCCUUCCAAAGGGAUCCGCUGUAGGUUAUGUUGUUCAUAUUUUGUGUGUGAUUGUUUUUCACUGCCUUUUGCAAAAUACAUAUACAUAUCUACAGAUAUAUAUAUAUAUAUAUAUGCUUUUUUUUAAAAGGUAAUAUUUUGUGUGCAUUUAUACAUCUACAUAAAUACAUGCACACGCCAUACACACAAAUUAUAAAGACAAAGGCUUGCGGAGUGGGCUCGAGCAGGAGUGCAUUUAUAUGAAUUAAGCUAACCUUAAAGGGGGCAAGGUAAGCUGUAUAUCUGACUCUUCACAGUGGCUGUUGCCAACCAUAUGCCAGUGGACGGUAUGGAAUGGUGAGUACAGUAAAAUCACCUGCAUCCAAACAAGAUUAAACUUUUGUCAGGUUGAAGAAACGCCCAUUUCAUUGCCCAAAUUCCCAUGGCCGGUGCUUAAAAUUUUGGUCUCGCCUGGCUUCCUGCACCAAAAUCAAUUUUCCAGAUCAAUGGUCAGUUGCCUUCAGUGAAUCAGACCCAAAAUUGCAAGCUUUAGCCGGAGCUAGAAACUUUCAACAUGUAAUAAUCCACAAAACCAAGAAUAAACGUUAAAAUGAAAAA